AUGGAAUUGACAGAAUUGCCGGCUACAUAUGUCGAAGGUUUCCAUGACUUGGAAUCGGUAAAGAAGAUGCGUUACAAACGGUUGGCAACGGAACUCUAUUUGUCGGAAUUGUCAUUAGGUGGCGGUGCAUUUGGCGGUGCAGCUUUAUACGGAGAUUACGAUGAAAUUGAGGCUAUUGAAACUAUCAGAGAAGGCAUUAGAAAAGGCAUCAACUACAUAGAUACUGCACCAUGGUACGGCCAAGGUAAAUCCGAAGAAAUUAUUGGCAAGGCAUUGAAAGGAAUUCCUAGAAAAGCCUAUUAUAUAGCAACUAAAAUUGGUCGUUACGAAUUGGAUCCUGCCAAAAUGUUCGAUUUUUCACCAGAAAAGACAAGGACGAGCAUCGAUACCAGUUUGAAACUUUUGGGAGUCAAUUAUGUGGACGUAUUACAGAUUCAUGAUAUAGAAUUCGCCCCAUCGACCAAUUAUUUGCUAAACGAAACUUUGCCUACGCUUUUGGACUACGCCCUAAAAGGGGGUCGUGCCAAACAUUUGGGCGCCACUGGCUACGCCCUGACACCACUUUUGGAUUUGAUACAAGGUGCCUCCAAAUUGGGAAAACCUUUGGAAAUGAUUUUGACAUAUUGCAGAUUCACAUUGGUCGACGAUUCUUUGAUGGAAGUAAUGCCCACGUUAAAGAAAUAUGAUAUUGGUAUAGUAUGUGCCUCAGCACCCAGUAUGGGUCUUUUAACAAACAAAGGACCUCCUUCUUGGCAUCCAGCCCAAGAAGAAACCAAAAAAAUUUGCAAAGAAGCUGCUGAGUAUUGCGAGAAAAAUAAUUGUGAAUUAGGAAAAUUAGCAAUGUUACAUGCAGUGACUUCUUCCCAAGAUUUAGAAAUUGCUACUCAUUUAGUCGGCAUGAAUACUAGGACUUUGCUAAAUGAUAACUUAAAAGUUGUCCAGGAAGGAUGUAGUAAAAAAGAUUCUGAAAUUUUAAAAGAAAUCAAAGAAAGAUUUUUCAGCAAAAUUACCAAAAAGCAUUGGGAAGGUGUGGAAGUUGAAAAGGGCAUGGACAAAUUCAAUUAA